AUGGCCAUAGAGACCCGUUAUGGCUUUGCCCAGGAGAGGACUACAACUCCCAUCAUGCAACGCGGCACCCAGAGAGCCCUGUCAUGGCGUCGCCCAGCCUGGACCACAACUCCCAUGAUGCACAAAGGGAACCUGCUGUGGUACCAGCACCUCAAGGAGAUUCAGCGAGGGGCGGGGUCAAGCACGCCUUAUAUGGAAGUGCGCGAGGCCUUGGAGCAGGUGAGGGCGGAGCUUAAAGUGAUGGGCGGGGCCGUGGGCGAGGCCGGAGCAGCGGUGCUGAAGCUGGAAGAGGCACUGGGGGCGGAGCUUCACCGCCAGGGGGCGGAGCGUCGCCGAGGGGCGGAGCUUCGGGCCCUGGGGGCGGAGGCAGCGCAGGAGGGGUGGAGGCUGCGGAGGGAGGGGGCCCAGAUAAGCUCCGCCCACCGGGAGCCGGGGCCAAAGGUGGGACUAACGUCGAAAUUGGCGGCCGUGUGCAAGCUGCGGGAGGAGGCCCUGGAGGAGCUGCUGGGGCUCCGCCCCUUGUCGAGGCCGCAGGACCUCACCUUGCUCUGGCUGCAGGAGGCCAAGGCACUGCUGAACCAACACAGCCCAGAGGAGGUGCUGGAGGCCCUGCAGACACUGCGGAAGGGGUACCCCAAAAUCAGCCCUGACCUUGACCCUGACCCUGAUGCUCAGCCCCCUAUGAAGACCCUCAUCCAGGACUGCUGGGAGGAUGUGGGGGGACUCUGGGACCUCAUCCACUCCUCGGCCUCCCGCCUGUCCCCCCUGAGGCUCCGGCUCCUCCAGCUGCAGGAGGAGAUCCAGCAGCGCCUGGAGGGGGACCCCAAAGCCCAGCAGGCUGCCAGGUUGAUGCUGGAGGCCGUGGGGCUCUCAGUGGCUCGGGAGGCCCUGAUCCAGCAGGUCCAGGAUCUACGGGGCAGCCCCAUGGACUCCCCAGAAGCUGCCCUGGGGCCACUGAGGAGGCAGCUACAGGAGGGGAAGCAGCGGCUGUCCCGCCGCUGGAUCCAGCUCCGGGCUCUGGCCGCAUCCAAUGGGAAGCUCCGGGCGCAGCUGCGCCUCCUGCAGGCCCAGGCCCGAGGAGCUGUGCGGCUCCCCCCAGGGCUGCAGGGGGAAGGGCAGCGGCUGCAGGAAGCGCUGAGCAUGCUGGGAAAGGAGAGGGUGCCCCUCCCCCCGAGCCCCGCCCACAGCCCACUGCAGCCAAUCAGACGCGCCCUAGGAAUGGCAGAGAGUGAGGUGGGGGAGGGGCCAUAAAGGGGG